GCAGCCGAUGGCUCUGGCACGAUUCUAUUACUAUCUUGGCUGGUUCUGAAACACUUUUCUGAGCAUUCUGACUAGUUGUAUUGUAUGUAAAAUGUCAUCUAUAGAACUUCUGGACGGCUUAGAUGGCCUUAAAAGCUUUUUAGCUCUUCAUUACGCACAGUUAAAGGCUUCGGGAAUUCCUGAAAUUUAUUGGGCGACGUUACACAGCAAACUUACGCAUUGUACCUUUGAUGCUGGAGAUAGCUUCAGUAUAGCUGAAAUUAACGAUGAUGUAACCCUCACGGACAAUACCUUUAACAGGUGGAAAGUUAUGGUUACACAUCCAGGAGGUGUAAGUAUGGCAGAUCCAGAACAUAUAUAUCUCAUCGACCAUGCUUGGACAUUUCGCCCUGAUCAAAUAAAGUCCCAGUUGUACAACAUCCCAGGACUUCUUGCUAGAAUGUGCAACCUUAUGGGUGUUACUUACCAUGAAGGUAUUGAUAAUGAAGCAGCCAUAAAGGAAGUCAUGACUGGUAUGUGGAAGUACAGUCAAAGCUACAGCAUAGGUAAUCAAAAUCUUGAAGCUGAAGAACGUCUUCCCAUCUGGUACAUCAUGGAUGAAUUUGGAUCUCGCAUUCAACAUGCUGAUUGCGCUACCGUUCGCGUUGUCCCGUUCUUUUACAUGACUGAGCAAGCUACUUACUCCAUUAUGUUCCCAAUAACGCAUCUCAAUGUAAACGACGAAGUUACUCGGGAUUUUGUUGAAGGCUCGGGAUCUGACGAAAUUACGCGAUCAGCUUUAUUGGCUCCCUGGUCGUCGGAGUUUUCUGAAAAAUUCCUCGAUUCCGUAAGCCUUGAACAAGUCGAACCGUCAUCGGACUACUUUUCGGCUAGUCGAAUGUCUGAAACACUUCCAAUUACCGAUGUUGAGAUACCAGAUCUCCCAAAAGAUCAACCCAUUCGAACUUAUGUCGAAUACGCUUUCAUUCGGGAUUACUUAAAACAUCCUAGAUUCCAGCUUGUUGAUAAUCCCGAUGAAGCAGAAAUUCUUUGGUUGUCAUCACAUUUUAAAGACUUCAGAAUGCUAAGUGAAAACAUCCCAUUCAAACGGAUCAACCAGUUUCCUUGUGAACAUUUGCUAACGGUAAAAGAUCUGCUAUGCAUUAUUGCCCGAAGAGCAAAUAAAAGUCCUAUGGCAUCUAACGAAGUCUUGAAAAAUGAACCUUGUUGGCUACCUACGACAUUCAACCUGAAAACAGAGCUUCCAAAACUAGUGGCUUAUUAUAUGGCGCAAAAGAAAUUAGGAAUGCCUAACUUAUGGAUUAUCAAGCCAUGGAAUUUGGCCCGUAGCAUGGACACACACAUCACGGAUAAUCUUGAUAUGAUUCUACGUCUGGCUGUUAGCGGACCAAAGAUAUGCCAGAAAUAUAUUGAUCGUCCAGUUCUCUUUUACAGAGAAGAUAUUAGCGCCAAAGUAAAAUUUGACCUGCGUUACAUAAUUCUCCUUAGUUCUGUCGACCCUCUGAAGGCUUUUGUGUAUCGACGUUUUUGGAUUCGGUUCGCGAAUAGGCCGUUUGAACUCGAUCAUUUUGAUGAAUAUGAACGCCAUUUUACUGUUAUGAAUUAUUCGGCUUCCAAUCUCCAUCAGAUGUUCUGUCAUGACUUCGUCAAAUAUUUUGAAGAGCAGAAUCCUGGACAAGAAUGGCACAAGAUCGAAAAACGGAUAUUUUCGAUGCUUUCCGCUUUGUUAAAAGCCAGCACAGAAAAGACGGCAGAUACCAUGUCAUCUCUGACUUCUGCGCCACAGUCACGCGCAAUGUAUGCAGUUGACUUAAUGUUAGCGUGGACAGAUAACGUAUUAGAUGGCGAUGACCCAGGGCCAUUCAUACAGCCGAUGUUAUUGGAAGUAAAUUGGGCGCCGGAUUGUAAACGUGCUUGCGUUUAUUACAAGGAAUUCUUUGAUGACGUAUUUUCUGUCUUGUUUCUUGAUGAAACGGAAGGGAGACAUGUCCAAUUGUUGGAAUAAAAAUUACG